AUGAGCUACAUUAGAGGAUAUCUUCAUUCUUACGACGAAGCAUUUUUACUGGUACAUGCCGUGAGAUUAGGACUAGUAAGACCCAAUAGAGAACGACUAUCAUUGAAAGAGCGCGAUGAAAUAAAAAGUGGUAAUAUAUACAUAUUCAUUGAAAACAGAACUCUAAUGGUGCGAUGGACCGACGGCCGAACAUGGUCCCCAUCAAAAAUACUAGGUUCGUUUCUUCUCUACAAAGAAGUACCGAAAUGUCUUACGAAAAAUGCAACGAUGAAAAACCGUGGGAGCAAGGUGGAAAGGCUAAAAUGCACGCCUCUUGAGAAGCAGUUACAACAAGAUAAGUUUCUAAUGCAUAAGAAGACUAUUUCGCUGUCUUAUGGACGUGAAACAUACCACGUUAUUGCAUAUUUUCAGCCAAUUUUCGAUAAAAGAAGCAUAUCUACGUUACCAUUCUUUACAGCUCUUGACAGAGCACUAAAAAGCAGUCGUGAACUACUGAGCAACGAGUAUUUACGAAGUUUGAAAAUGGCAAAAGUGAACAUUCUUGAGAAGUAUAACUUACUCGAAUGCAACAAACGAAGUCUAACACCGAAUAUUGAUCGAAAAAACUUAGAGAAAGAAGCUGUAAAACUCCUGAUGAAUAGGUUCGAUACCAACAAAGCGUAACUAUACAAAAAAGGCAAUAAUCCGUAAAAUACCUAAAGAACGCAUAUACAGAACAAUAAAUUAAUGGCUAAAACCAUUCUCUCUAUGUAUAUUUCGAUGAAACUAUCAGGUAUAAUUUUCUUUGCCAAUCA